GAUUAUCGAUUUGACACCGUGUAUGUCAGUGUCAGUGUGUUGUCACUGUUUUAUUAAUGAAAGUAGUAAAAUUGCAAAAAUUUGUAUCUCAUUCAAAUUAAGACUAAAAAAUGACAACAAAUAAAAAGUUGGAGGAAGGCCUGGAACACGUUAGAAAUGCAGAGAAAAGUCUUAAAACUUCUCUGCUGAAAUGGCGACCAGAUUAUGAAAGUGCAGCUGAUGAAUAUAACAAAGCAGCUACAUGCUUCAGAAACGCAAAAUCAUUUGAACAGUGCAAGGAUUGUUUAUUGAAAGCCGUAGAUUGUUUCAAGCAGAAUCGAGCAAUAUUUUAUGCAGCGAAAGCUCUUGAUCAAUGUAUCUUAGUAUGCAAGGAACUGGGAGACUUGCGAGAUAUUCCAACCUUGGCAGAAAGAGCAGCAAACAUGUAUCAGACUCAUGGAAACCCAGAGUCUGCUGCAUCUUCUCUAGAUAAAGCUGCAAAAAUUCUUGAGUCCCAGUAUCCUCCAGAGGCAUUGAAGUUAUAUCAGCGUGCCGCCGAGAUUGUUCUGAUCCAAGAUAGUACAAGGCAAGCUGCGGAGUACACAAGUAAAAUUGCUAGGUUACAUGUUAAACUCCAACAAUAUGACUUGGCUGCAGAUGCAAUCCGGCGGGAAUUAGGACUUCAUCAGGAGAACGAGUCAUAUCAGGCAACAGGACGUUUGACGGUAGCUUUAGUUUUAGUUCAGUUAGCUAGGGGAGAUGUUGUUGCAGCUGAAAAAGCUUUUAAAGAAUGGGGCAACUACUGCGAAAGUCCUGAAGUGCAAACUCUGGAAUCUCUACUGCAAGCCUAUGAUGAAGAAGAUCCCGAAGGCGCUAAACGAGCAUUGAACAGCCCUUUCAUCAAACACAUGGACGUGGAGUAUGCGAUUCUGGCGAGGGACAUGCCUCUGCCAGAGGGAAUACCAGUGUCUCCAGUAAAGAGUACGAGGGAAACGGUGUUUUAUGAAACAUCGAAUGCAGAAAUUGACAAGCUUCCAGUGACUGAGUCAGUCACUCUUGAAGAUAGUAAGGAGCCUGAACCCAAAUCUUCCAAACAAGAAGAAGAAGACGACGAAUUUGCGGGAGGUCUCUGUUAGGUUUACUUAAGCUUAUUUAAUUCAAAGGCCCGCUACGCGAGCACUCCAUAGUUGUUAGUUAGGAACUUGUGUUGUAUGUUAUAAUAAACAUUAUAAUUCUUUACGCCAUUCCGUACGUUAUUUAUUCAAUAAUAUUUAUAUUUUGUUAAUUUUUGAGAGUUUGUAUUUAUCGUCGCACUAUCGUUAAUAAACGUGAUGAGAGCA